AGGACAAACGACAACAUUAACUCAGCUAAAAACUAAUAUUGUGGUGUAGAAUAAUCGUUUGCAUAUAUUCAUUGAAGACGAAAUAUCAUACAAGUAUACUUCUUAUUUUACUUCAUUCAUAAGGUUUAGGUAGAUUGGAACAUAAUAAAAAAGGAUGGAGAAUAACAAAACAGUAGAAGUGGUUAACUUUGGAAAAUCUGUUAUAGUGCCAAGCGUACAAGAGCUAGCUAAGGAGUCCACCACCCAUGUUCCUUCUAGGUACGUGAGAGUUCAAGAGAACGACAACGACUCAACGAUGGACUGUCCGAUUAAUCAAACAUCCCCGGUAUCAGUUCCGGUGAUUGACCUUCAAAGGCUUCUUCAUGGUUAUUCUAAGGACUCUGAAUUAGACAAACUUCAUCUUGCUUGCAAAGAGUGGGGAUUUUUCCAGGUGAUAAACCAUGGGGUUAGCAUUUCAUUGCUAGAAACAUUCAAGGAAGAGGUAACUAAUUUUUUGAAGCUUCCAAUGGAGGAAAAGAAGAAAUUAUGGCAACAAGAAGACAAUCAUGAGGGAUUUGGGCAGUUGUUUGUGGUUUCGGAAGACCAAAAACUUGAUUGGUGUGAUAUGUUCUACGUAAUUACUCUUCCUCCUAAAUUAAGAAAGCCUCAUCUUUUCAAUAAUUUGCCUCAAAAUAUCAGGGUUAUCAUGGAAGCUUAUGCAGUAGCAAUGAAGGGCUUGGCUCAGACUAUCUUGAAUCAUAUGGCUAAAGCACUAGGGAUCAACGAGGGCGAGAUGGUAGAGUUAUUCGGUGAAGGAUGGCAAUCCAUAAGAAUGAAUUACUAUCCACCAUGUCCCGAGCCUCACAAAGCUAUAGGGAUCACGCCUCACUCGGAUGCAGAUUCCCUCACAAUCCUUUACCAACUGAAUGACAUCCAAGGCCUCCAAGUUAAGAAAGAUGGGAAUUGGGUGCCCGUUAUACCCCUUGAGAAUGCUUUUGUGGUAAACCUUGGAGACUGUAUGGAGAUUUUGAGCAAUGGAAUAUAUCGAAGUAUUGAGCACAGGGCAACAGUGAACUCGACGAAAGAGAGAAUAUCAGUUGCUACAUUUCAUAGCUCCAACAUUGAUUAUGAAUUAGGACCAGCUAAGAGCAUUGUUGGUCCCCUUAACCCUCCACUUUUCCGAACGGAACCAUUGAAACAAUACUACAGGGGGUUCUUUGCAAGAAAGCUAAAUGGAAAAUCAUAUCUAGAUGUUAUGAGAUUACAACAAGGGGAUCUCAACACCAGUUAAAAAUAUGCAAAGCCUAGUAGGCAGAUCUAUGAAUGUAUGUAUUGUGGGUAGCACGAGUUUUAUUACUCGGAGUGUUUGAAAUUAAGCUUGAGGGAAAAUAAGCUCGUCUCUUAUGAAAACAAUGUAUGAGUUUGUUUCCAAAUAAUAGUUUAUGAUGAUAGACAAUAAACUACAAAAAAACACUUCAUUUUAUAUAUUACUCCUCCAUCUUUAA